CAAAGAUGCACUCUGCGUUGGGCUUAUCUUUCAUGCUAAUUGCUGUUUCCUCCAAUUUUGCAAUGGCAAUCAAAAAGGAAAAAAGAGUUCCCCAGACACUCUCCAGAGGAUGGGGAGAUGAUAUAACUUGGGUACAAACUUAUGAAGAAGGGCUCUACCAGGCAAAACAAAGCAAUAAGCCACUGAUGGUCAUUCACCAUUUGGAAGAUUGUCCGUAUUGUCAAGCACUGAAGAAGGUUUUCGUGGACAAUCAAGAAAUCCAAGAGAUGUGCCAGAACAACUUCAUCAUGCUCAAUCUGAUGCAUGAAACAACAGACAAAAACAUGUCACCUGAUGGACAAUAUGUGCCUCGAAUCAUGUUUGUAGAUCCUUCUCUCACGGUAAGGGCUGAUAUCACUGGAAGAUACUCUAAUCGACUCUAUACUUAUGAGCCUCAAGACCUGCCAGUCUUAAUAGAGAACAUGAAGAAAGCAUUGCGUCUUGUUCAGACUGAACUAUAA